UUUGAAGAUGAUCGUCACGUCUUGGCGGAGGAGCGGAAGGCGUGCAGGGCUCGCGCGCGCAAACUUUCCGUGGAAAAUAAUCGGCGCAGGAAGUAAGUCGAUCAAACUCAGACUCGUUGUGUCGCACUGACAGUCACGCUAACGUCAGUGCUGUAGCAGGCACUGCAAGUGUAGAUUUUGUCAUAGUCCCAUAUUUGUGUCAGUGGAAAGAACAUUUAUCUCCAUCCUUAUCCGGGUCUGGUGCUCUGAUACGAGGCGGUCGAUGUUUGGCUGCCCGCUGCGGGUUUGCCUAAUUAAUGAGCGCCCUGGAAGUGUGACCUUCGGGGACGUGAUCACGUUCCUUCUGCAUUGCGAGCCCAAGACCUGGCAGCUCCACGGCAAGCUAACACCUUUGCGCUCUGGUUUUGUAGCUCGCAGCACAGGUGUGAUUGACUCCGGUGAUUAUUCAUUUAUGCAGUGUAGUGUAAGGGGUUAUGGAAACUGGGCUGCUAAUUCAAAGACGUUUGUGGGUUCAGUUCCUAGCUGGUGGAUUCAGUACUGCUGUUGUAGCCUUGAGCAAGGUACUUAACCCAAAUUACUGCAGAGAAAUAUCCAGGGGGACCCACUGAUUGGAUGUGAAGCUGUAAUCUGUGUAAUUCGCUGUGUAAAAGAGCACCUGCUGAAGGCAGAAGGGACAGAACUGUGUGGAAUUGCAAUUGAACACAUUUCCAUUCAGUUCUCUCUGUCUCCGGCACUGCAGGUGUGAUUGUGUGAUCCAGGAGAUAAUUCAUUUCAUUUAGCCUAUAUAAACAUAACCAGACUGUAAAUUACACUUUUACCAGUACUGCGGACUGGUGAUGCAUUUGAAUAGUGUUGGUUAAAUUUCAAGUCAUCAUUGUGUAAUUCAUACAUUUUUUUUUGUCUGUCCUUCAGUGUCUUUAUGUGUGGAUAGCAGGUAUUUCACAGGAAUAAUAGCCCCUGAGGAGGCAGUGGGGCUGCUGGGUAAUGGGUGGGGUAGCUGUGGGUGUCCCACUGCAUUGUGGGUCCCUCAGAGUCUCGGAGGAGAUUGUGGGGUAUGCUGGGUAAUGGGUGGGGUUGCUGUGGGUGUCCCAGUGCAUUGUGGGUCUCUCAGAGCCCAGGAGGAUGUUGGGGGGCUGCUGGGUAACGGGUGGGAUAGCUCUGGGUGUCCCAGUGCAUUGUGGGUCCCUCAGAGUCUCGGAGGAGAUUGUGGGGUAUGCUGGGUAAUGGGUGGGUUUGCUGUGGGUGUCCCAGUGCAUUGUGGGUCUCUCAGAGCCCAGGAGGAUGUUGGGGGGCUGCUGGGUAACGGGUGGGAUAGCUCUGGGUGUCCCAGUGCAUUGUGGGUCUCUCAGAGCCCAGGAGGAUGUUGGGGGGCUGCUUGGUAACGGGUGGGAUAGCUCUGGGUGUCCCAGUGCAUUGUGGGUCCCUCAGAGCCCAGGAGGAGCGGAGGCAGGCGGUGGAGCUCCGCGAGCAGAAGCUGCGGGAGGAGAUCCUGCAGGAGCGCAGACGGAAGCUUCUGGAAGCUACAGAGCAGCACCAGAGGGCCCACCUGCCUCCCUCACAGCGGAGGAGACCAGAAUUUCAAACGGCAGUUUAAACGGUUGUUUUGCAGUUACCGGCAGACCAGCCCAUCUCCUAGACAACGCUCUCAGAAGGAUCGAGGGCACCUUCAGUUGGUGUGGUCUGCAGUCACCAUUCUACCCUGGGAGCCCCAGUACUUUCAGACGCUGCCAUUCUUCCUCAAACGCCUCCGCUGUCUCCAGCAAACUGCACCAGCAGAGGCAGCUCUCUGCAGCCAUCGCUCACGUCAAGCUGCUGCAAGGGAAGGGCACCAAUGAGCCGCAGAGCAGAGAUCUGUGCUUUUACAACAAGCUCCGGGAGAAACAGCACCCCCUGGCGGAGGGACAGUGGAACAGCAAGCAGGAGAAUCCCCAGGAUGUCCGUCAGCCGGGUCAGACAGAGACUCUGCCCGGCCUGGAAACAGAGAUUUCCCCCCAUAGCCCCUCCCACUCUACUGGCCCCUCCCACUUCACUGGCCACUCCCACAUGUCAAGCCACUCCCACACCACUUGUCCCUCCCACAAAUAUGGCCUCUCCCAUACCUCUGGCCAUGCCCAAACCUCUAGCCACUCCCACACCACUUGUCACUCCCACAUAUACAGCCUCUCCUAUACCUCUGGCUAUGCGCAAACCUCUAGCCACUCCCACGCUGCUGGCCCCUCCCACACUCCAGGCCCCUCCCACGCUGCUGCUGUCAGAAGUGCUUUUUCUUCCUGGUUACGUCCUUCCCUGCUCCUCAGCAGCUGUCAAUCACACGGCCCACUAGAGCGCAGUCAUGGCGCACGUUCUGCGUCUGCGAUGUCCGGGGAGAGCGUCGGGCUCGCUCGGCAGGAAGUGGUGAAUCUCAGCUUCCUGUCCGCAGAAUCACAGAGGACGGAGGAGCCCAGAGCCGCCGGAGAGCCAGGGUACGAGGGCCCCCCAGCCAGGGCGGGGCCCGGGGGGGAGGAGCCUCAGUCACAGCCCGACGUCACAGUCUCUGCAGCUCCGCCCGUCCCGAGUGACCGAAACACGCCGACUCAGAGCGGGACGGCGGCCAUCUUGGAUCAUCAGACUCCCAGCAGUACGGCCAAUCAGCUGAGGGGUUUAAGCGGCACGGUUCCCCUGGCUGUGACUCGCGGGGCGUGGGCCGGCCCAGACGCUCCCCCCACGGAACUUUCCGGCCCGACCGGAGGUGGAAAAGCGGCGGAGUCCGUGCAGCGGACGGGAAAUGGCGCAGACCGCUACUCCAGCCGCGCGUCGGUCGCCUUACCAAUCAGAGAGCAAAGCCGAGGAACGGGCUCAGGCCGGCCAAUCACAGCACCUGCUGCUUCGCUCCGCACCGUAAAUCAGAGCAUCUCGACGCCAGAGGCCCCUUUUAUGGCAAACGCAGAACCAAGGCCGACCGGUCGUAUAUCCACCGUAGACGUUAACUCUGACUCCGCCCUCAAUAAAGACGCGGACAGAGCGUGUCCAGACAGCUCCGACCCUUCAGAUCAAAUAAACGCGAGCGACCGCACAGAAGAAGGCGUUCCUACUGGCGCACCCUAUCGAGAGACGUUUAGACACCCAUCUGCAGAUUCGGCCUCCGAUCCUGUUUCCGAUGUGAAAUCCCUUAGAGGGAUCCUUAAAAAGCAGUCUAAGUAUGCGGCGGGCCUGUCCGGACCCUCCCGGGCCUGUGGCAGUUUCGAUUUCCCCAAAGCAGCGGCAGCGCCCGUAAGACACGCCGCGGAGCGGGCUGAGCCUGGCGGCAGAGCGCCCGAGAGCGUCGAGAGGAGGCUGCGCUGGUCUGACGAAGAGCGCGGAAACCUGGCCGCGGACGGGGGGGUCGAGGGGGGGUGGAGAUGCGCGGCCGGGCAGACGGGAGGGAAGGGCACGUCCCCUCAGCUUCACCCAAAUUCAGCUGAGCUUCAGAGGGGUCCUCUCUGCGCCGGACGGGUCUCCUCCACCGGGUACCACUUUGCCAAACGGGCGUGGUCAGACAGCGGGGACCGGGACCGCGGGGGCCGGGACGGGGCGCCCCAGGAGCGCAGGCUGGGUAAAAGCAGCCCUCCCCGGGGAGGGUCCCGCGCCCCCAGGGCCCCCAGAAGAGCGGGCUCUGCCCCGGCGGGCCCCCGCCCCGGCCCGUCCAGGAGGGGUGCGGGGGUGAGACCUCGGUCGGCCGCUGGCCGCGGCGAGGCGGGGCAACGUGGAGCGAAGACGCUCUCGCCCCACCCCCCCGCCCCCUGUCGCACAAAGGUGACGUAGAGGGCUCGUCGCCAAGCAGCGAAGCUCCUGUCAGCUGUGCCACCCGCCUGUUCUCUCCCCCGCCCCACCCGUGAAAAUGUCACCACAGCCAUCUGCAUUUCCCCCCAGGAUCCACUGGGCAGCGCUGUUGGGGAAAGCAGUCUGUCUCACAACAGCGCCUCCACAGGCCGGGAGGUCUACCAGCAUGGGCGUGGCAUCCGCAGCACUUUAAGAUAUACUUUAUUGAACCCCAUGGGGUAAUUUGACCCAUCCCAGUUACUUAGGAGCAGUGGGCAGCGACAGUGCAGCGCCCGGGGACCAACUCCAGCUCUGAGGCAAGUGCCUUGGUCAAGGGAAACUGCAGGAGUGCACCUAACAUGCACUAAUUUAGCACCCAAAGACACCAAUUCAGCUUUUCACAGCUGUGUUUCUGUGUAGUCAAGAGCAGGUUUCUUUUUGUAAUUUUGUCUGCAGUUGUAUUAGCUGUUCAUGGCUAUAUUUGAGCUUAAAUUUUUACAUUUUU